GUUAGACCUUUUAACUUUUCCGCUCUAUCUUAUAUCCUUUUUUUUCAUGGUUAUCUGGUUCAAGUUUCAACUCCAUUAAUGGAUUAUUCAAUAAAAAUUGAAAAAGAAGGUAAAAACCAAAAGUACACCUGUCGGACCAAAGUAAACAACAAAAAAAAAGGGAAAAUAAGGCAAAGAAAAUCUUUCAUCCAUGGUGGGUCUUGGCGAUAACAACAAUCCCAGUUGCCAAAACAACAUCAGCAGCAAAGCAAAAGACAAGAUGAAGAACAAGAAGAAGAAGCGUGGGGGAAGCAAGAGAAAGAUGACGGCUGAGCAAACCUCGGCUUUCAAAUCGGUGACCGAAUGGGUUUAUUUAGACCGGCACCACCACCCCAAUUCUUCUUCGACGGCGGGUUUAUCGUCGUGGGUGGUGGAUGAUUUUGGUGUGCAAAAGAGUUUGGGGAGAGGGACGGAGAAAAUGGUGUUUGAAUUGCAUUCCCAUUCGAAACACAGUGAUGGGUUCUUGUCUCCUUCUAAGCUCGUUGAGAGAGCUCAUGGCAAUGGGGUGAAAGUUCUUGCUCUGACAGAUCAUGAUACAAUGUCUGGAAUCACCGAAGCUGUAGAAGCUGCUCGCAGAUUCGGUAUCAAGAUAAUCCCAGGUGUUGAGAUCAGCACCAUAUUCUCUCCAAGAAAUCCUGAAAUGGAGGAACCAGUGCACAUCCUUGCAUAUUACAGCAGCUGUGGGCCCACGAGGUACGAGGAGCUGGAUAAAUUAUUGGCUAACAUAAGGGAGGGACGUUACGUACGUGCUAAGGACAUGGUUUUGAAACUCAAUAAACUCAAGCUACCUCUUAAAUGGGAGCAUGUUACAAAGAUUGCAGGCAAGGGAGUGGCUCCUGGGAGAUUGCAUGUGGCUCGAGCUAUGGUUGAAGCAGGUUAUGUGGAGAAUCUAAAGCAAGCUUUUGCAAGAUAUUUAUAUGAUGGAGGACCUGCUUAUUCCACAGGAAGCGAGCCUCUUGCAGAAGAAGCAGUGCAGCUGAUAUGUGAAACCGGGGGUUUAGCAGUUCUCGCUCAUCCUUGGGCACUAAAAAACCCGAUUCCUAUCAUAAGACGGUUAAAAGAUGCAGGCCUUCACGGAAUGGAGGUUUAUAGAAGUGAUGGAAGACUGGCAGCAUACAAUGACUUAGCGGAUACGUACAACCUUCUGAAGCUUGGAGGGUCAGAUUAUCAUGGGAGAGGUGGCCAUGGUGAGUCCGAACUAGGAAGCGUGAACCUUCCAGUGGUGGUUCUGCACGACUUUCUUAAGGUAGCUCGACCUAUCUGGUGCAGUGCCAUUAAGGACAUUCUAGAGGGUUAUGCAAAGGAACCCUCUGAUACAAACCUCGCCAAGAUAGCCAGAUUUACAAGGAUGGGCAGUUUCAAGGGAAGUACUCCCUUGAGUUGUGGCAAGGACUUGAUUGAUCGUUGUUUAGCAUCGUGGUUGACUGCAGAAGAACAGCAGAAUGAUGAAUUCGAGGCCAUUAGGUUGAAGCUUUCCCAUGCUACGAUCAACCUCAGUGGAGUUCAAGUUCCUAUAGAGACCAAAUAGUACUUGAUUGGAGGGAAAAAAAAGAGAUUAGGUACCAUUUGAUUCUUGCCAUUGUUGCAAAGAUAAAGAGCGAGUGGCAUAUUCCUUUGGUUUUGUUCAAAUCUGAACUAGAACUAAUCAUAUUUGGUGAUUCAACCCGUGUGUAUUUUUGGUUUUAUUGCCUAAUUAUAAACCAUGUACCAUCUA